UAGACCAGCUCUACCGUUGGUGUGUCUGAAAGAAAAGUGCGUUUACAAAAUGUUCUAACCAUCAGAUUGAGCCCAGAAGAAUACCUGAUUACCAUCCAGAACUGUGGAUAUCAAUUUUCCUGGAAGAUUCGACCACUGCUAUUCAGAGCUGCUGUUGGAAUACCAUGUCUAAGAACUCGGAGUUUAUCAAUCUGUCAUUUCUGUUAGAUCAUGAGAAGGAAAUGAUCCUGGGAGUCUUAAAGAGAGAUGAAUACUUGAAAAAAGUGGAGGACAAGAGAAUAAGGAAGCUGAAAAAUGAACUCUUAGAAGCAAAACGUAGAAGUGGGAAGACUCAGCAACAAACCAGCAGAGUCUGUGUUCACUGCCAGAGAAACCUGGGCUUAAUAUUUGACCGUGGAGAUCCGUGCCGGGCCUGCUCCCUGAGAGUGUGCAGCGAGUGUCGGGUCUCGGGCCUCGAUGGCAGCUGGAAGUGCACUGUCUGUGCCAAAGUCGCACAGCUAAGGAUUAUAACUGGUGAAUGGUUUUUUGAGGAAAAGGCAAAGCGGUUCAAGCAAGUCAACGUUCUGGGCACUGAUGUAGUCCGACAGUCCAUCUUAAGAAGAAGUCCAGGAACUGAAGAAACACAAAGUCAAGAGCAAUCCCGCCAGGACCCAGAAAAGGCAGAUGCUUCACCUUCUUCCGGGCAAAAGGCCAGUCGUGAUGGACCCAGGAAAAAAGGAUUUCUUCUGAGCAAGUUCAGAUCAGCAACCAGGGGAGAGAUCAUGACUCCAAAAACGGAAAGUGGGCGGAGCUACAGCUUGGACCUAGACAGCCAGAACUUUCGGAGUUUAAAGUCAGUCCCUGGUUCAGACAGGGGAAGCACGGGUUCAUCCGAUCUUAAUGACCAGGAAGCUGGCCCCUCAACCCCGAAAAGCAGCCGGAGCAGUGGUGUGACCUCCAUCACUCAGAGGUCACCAGCCCCAAGCACACACAGUGUGGCCUCAGUCAGCAUUAGAAAGCGACAUGGUUUUGAAAGUUCCAUGAAUUUGGUUGCCAUCGAAAGCACGUAUGAGGACCUCACAAAGAGUCAUCGCAGAAAUGUUUCUGGUACACCUUCCAUAGCGGUGUCUGAGAUCUCCCUCUCCUCAGACCGGAGUCGAUCUGAGUUAGAUCUGAGUGGGUCAUUUCCAGAAGACUUAGAGAACACUGUAAACAUAAGAAGCAAGUCCGUCCCUGGGGCUUUAGACAAAGACUUGGACUCCUUGGAAGAGACUGAGCAAGGUGUUCAUGGCUUAGUGUCCUCCCGGUUUUCUGCCAACACCCACAGUCUAGCAAGUGGCCUGUCAACCAAUUUUCGACCAGGCUGUAACAGGAAGUGGACCUACCUAAGUGUCCCUGAUGCUGACUCAGACACUACCAGCCUUAACAGCAUGAUGAGUGUUUACAGUGAAACAGGAGACUAUGGCAACGUGAAGGUCAGUGGUGAAAUCCUUCUCCACAUCAGCUACUGCUACAAAACUGGCGGGCUCUGCAUUUUUGUCAAGAAUUGCAGAAAUCUGGCCGUAGGAGAUGAAAAGAAACAGAGGACAGAUGCUUAUGUCAAGUCGUACCUUCUUCCUGACAAAUCCAGAAACAAUAAGCGCAAGACCAAGAUCAGAACAGGCACCAAUCCAGAAUUCAAUGAGACACUAAAGUACACCAUCAGCCACACCCAGCUAGAGACGAGAACUCUGCAGCUCUCGGUCUGGCAUCAUGAUCGAUUUGGACGUAACAGCUUCCUCGGGGAGGUGGAGAUUCCUUUUGACUCAUGGAACUUUGAAAAUCCAAGUGAUGAGUGGUUUGUGCUUCAGCCCAAGGUGGAAUUCGCUGCAGACAUAGGCCUUCACUAUAAAGGAGAGCUAACAGUUGUUUUACGUUACAUCCCCCCAGAGGAGAACCUGAUGAUUCCUCUAGAACAAGUUCAAGGAAAGAAGACCUUCAAAAGGGGAAAGAAGAAGGAGUCACCUGUAAUCUUUGGAGGAAUACUGGAAGUGUUCAUCAAAGAGGCAAAGAAUUUGACAGCGGUGAAGUCAGGAGGCACUUCUGAUAGCUUUGUGAAGGGCUACCUGCUCCCAGAUGACAGCAAAGCUACCAAGCACAAAACUCUGGUGGUAAAGAAGAGUGUUAACCCUCAGUGGAAUCAUACUUUCAUGUUCAGUGGCCUGAACCCCCAGGAUAUAAAGAAUGUUUGCCUAGAACUUACUGUCUGGGACAAGGAGGCCUUUUCCAGCAACAUCUUUCUGGGAGGAGUUCGUUUGAAUUCUGGAACCGGUGUGAGCCAUGGGAAGAGUGUGGAUUGGAUGGACUCUCAAGGGGAAGAGCAACGCCUGUGGCAGAAGAUGGCGGACAAUCCUGGGACUCCCGUCGAGGGUGUGCUCAUGCUCCGGUCCAGCAUGGGGAAGUGUAGGCUCUGAAGGUACCAGUCUCCAAAAUGAGGCCUCCAGGCACUGUCUGGCUGCUGUUUGAUCCCAGUAUCGGUCUUGUGACCUGGGAUUCUGCUUCCCUGCCAUUUUUCACCUGAGGGUAUUGGGACACGUGAGUAGGGAUGUCCACGUUAUGAACAUUUAGAGUCUCGCUGAGUGUCACAAAGAGCAUGUACCUCUGUGUGUCCAGGGACCAGGGCCUUUUUGAUUGGAUGGUAAAAAGUGUGCCACAUUGUCCUGUCAAUGGCAAGUUAUGCAAUGAUUCAUAGACUUUAUGCCAUAAGGGAAAUAGUACAAGCUUCAGUACAAACUACAGUUGAAAUUUGGAAUCCCUAAACUUUUUCUAUUACUGAGUUAUUUUACAUUUCCUAAAAUGGUUUGAGGAGGGUUAAAGGGGCCACUCAUAACGUAGAUCACUUGAAGAGUAAGAAGGAACACUGACUACGCUUUCCUCACCCUGGGAAUUCCCAUAAUCCCUAAAAGGCAUUGUGGGGAUGGUUGCUCAGACAAGGAGAUGGCCCUGUUAUUGUAGCAAACUUGUGGAUUAAGCAGGUAAGUUUUCAAGAUGAACGGACAGGUUUUUCUAUGGUGAUUAUAUAAUCUAUAAUCUAAAUCAGCCCAGUUUUGAGAGUGAAAAGAACUAGAUCUUUCUAUCUGAACAAUAGAUGUAAACCAGGAUCGACCAGGGAAAAUGGAGACGUAGUGUCACCCUAAUUAUGACUUAGGAAUUAGAGAGCUCCAUUGUAAAUAUCUAUUUUGUAAAAUAUUCUAAGCCACUGACUACAAGGGAAUAAGAACUAAUGUACAUUUUGAGCCCCUGCAUGUGUCGUAUCUACUGAUAUCCCACUGGUCAGAGGAAGUCAUAUGGCCAAGCCUAAAAUCAGGAGGCAGCGAAAUCUACUCUGUUCACGGUGAAGCCAUGGCAAGCAUGAGGAUCCAGGAAGGGAAGAAGAAUCAGUAGUUCAGUAGUUCAAUCUACUUUACCUUCUAUUAGCUGAAAUUCCAGGUGCAUCAGCCACCAGAGUUAGAGGCAAAGAUAGUUAAAGUUGAAAGGUACUUCAGACCUGGUUCCUCAUUUUGCAUAUUCCAAACCUGAAGCCCCUAGAGAGCUGAAAUGACUUGCCCAAGAUCGUAUAGAAGCCAUGACGGUAUCCAGACUUAAAUCCAGGGUGUGACUUGUCAGCCAGUGUUCUUUCUACUGUAGCCCUUGGCAUAAUCUUACACUUCUCAGGGUGGAUGGGAGGGCAGAGAUGAAGGAAGGUGGAAUGGAGUUGGGUUAUUUCAGUAUGAAGUAUCUGCCUCACUCUUCUUCUGGAGUCCUAGCCCCUCAGUUCAUUUUUUCACUUGAAUUCAUAUAAAAUCUUCGAAAAGGUAGAAACGGAAUUUUAGUGAUAUGAAAGCUAGAAUCAUCUUCAGGCUUAUUCAAGCUAAUUUUUCCCAUAUUCUGAAUUUCUUCUUGAAUUUUAAAAACUGAAAUAAGAAUAUAUUUAGUAUUAUUCUUGGGAAUAAGCAGUCCGUUUUCAAUAUUAUUCAAAAAUAGGCUAAUUCUCAAAAAUUGAACUUAUUGGUCAGUUGUAGCUUAGUACCUAGGGAACAUUUUUUUUUUAACUCAACACCCAUAUCCCUGUGCUACUCUUCUUAAAAACAGAAAGCUAAAACUGUAAGAUCAUCACUACUUCCUAUAUUAGAAAAAUUGUCUUCAGACUUGAUCUGACUCAUUCUGUCUGCAGUGACAUUUUUAGGGUACAUGAGAGGGUGAUGUUGGUGACGUCUGGAGACCUCUCCAGUGUAAACAAACUAAAGUAUAUUUAUUCACUAAUCAUAGAAGUGGCAAAAUAAUAAAUUCCGAAAUGUAUACCUUGGACUCUAGAUGAGCAUAACUCUGUGAGUUCAGACCUUUGCCACUUUUAAAGCAAUUCUCUAUAUUAUGUUUUCAUAAAAUCCAAUAUCUAAUUGGGUAUUUCCAUAAUGCAAAAACCCAAGUAUGCAGAAGUCCAUCAGAAACCUGCAGUGGUAUUCUCAGAAAGAAAAGGUAAAUUGACCAUCAGGUCACUCUGUUUUACUAAGUGUUGUGUACAAGUACAAAUAUUUUUAAAUAUAGGUAAUAUAUGUGAAUGGCACAAAAGUUAAAUAGUUCAAAACUGCGAAAAGUAAGUCUGCCUUCUUUAUCUUCCCUAGUAGAAAUGAUUGAUAGCCUCAUUCUUUCUUAUGGCUAUAUUAGGUGUUGCAUUAUAGAGAUAUGGCACAUUUAUUUAACCCCACCUAUCAAAUGCCACAUUACAUAUGGUUAACUUCGCUACCUACAUUUGGUGGCUUUUCUGAGCAACCUUUCAAACAUCAACACUUUCACAUUCAAAAUGAGGCAUACGUAUUAUACAGCCAUUCCAUUCCACUUUUGGGUGUUUAUCCUCUAGAGGUGGAUACAGAUGUGAGAAAUGAGUACAUACGAAAGUAUUUAUUGCAAAAGAUAGGAAACGAUCCAACAGCCCAUCAGUAGAGGCCUUCUAUAAUAUCAUAUAUGCCUACUUUCUCUGUUUCAUUAGUCUCCCUCUCCUUCUCUGCUGAAGAUCGCUCAGUGAUAAACUCUGGAUUCUCUAGUGCUUGUUCUUUCCUUCCUCCUCACUUCAAACACCCUCUCGGGCAUUAUCAUGUACCAUGCCUCCGUGGGUUUCUGUGCUUAUAACUUCACACUCGCAUCUCCAACCCACACCAUUCCUCUCAGCCCCAGACCCAGAUCCAGCUGCCCAUAUGACAUAGCCACCAGGACAGCUUGUGUUUUCAACAGAGUCAAGACUGAACUCUUCAUUAGAGCCGUCCUCUUGUACCCAUUUCUAUCUACUUCAGUACAUCCUGUCUCUCUACCUCGUACCCUCCUCUAUCCAGUCACCAUAAGUAAUAUAGUUUCAACCCAAGAUAGCUCACACCACCCUGUGUCAGCACAGAUAAAGGCACAGAGGGUGCUCUCCAGCCCAGUUCUCCAUAUCACCUUCUCAGAAGAGACCUUGGCCUUGCCUGGAGUGUCCUCCUCCUUAUUUGGAGAUCUCGGCCCUCAAUUUUCCCUCAUAUGAAUCAGACAAGUUGUAAAGGGCCAUGGGCAAGCUUUAAAGCCUGACUUUAUCCAUUCAGUUUGUCAACAGCACUUGCGAGACACAUGGAAGAUUAUCUACCAACUCUCAUUUCAUUCACACGGUCACUGGAACUGGAAUCAUUGGGAUGCAGAUUUUCCAGGUCAUAAAAAUGCCAAAAGCGAAGCUAUUUCGUGGGACUUCAUAUUCCUGGCCUCUUUUUUCCUUAAUAAACUUAUACGAAUUUAUGACCAAUGAUCAUUAAGUACUUAACUAACUAAUGGAUGAAUUGAACCUACCUGAUUCACAGUAACAGGGGUCUCGUCAUCACCUGCUACCCUAAGGUUUCCAUUUGCUGGGGGAGGAGAAAGUUAUGGAUGAAAUAAGGGCAAAUCCCACUUUUAGAAACAGAAGAGAUUGAAAUAUCAAGUCACCCCAGAAGUAUCUCAGAGUAAAAGCCUAUGGCAUUUGGGACUGUGAUCAGUGUUUAUUUUUUGUUCUGUAUAGAUAUUUCACAUCACACUGAGCAUUGCCCUUAGGAGUUGGCAGAAUGGCUUCCAAUGGCUUCCAAAGCCAUGGAAAUUGGGCUGCAUCAAGGAUUCCAAAGGAUUGUCUGAGUCACCUGGAGUGUGAAUUUAAUACACUGAUUCCAGAGCAUUGUCCCAAACCUACUGAAUAAAAUCUCCAGGAUUUUAGCAAGCUUCUUGGGUGAUUCUAAUACAAAUGGAUCACAGUUUGAGAAACACUGCAUUAGAGGACAGAAUAACUCGACUGUAUUCUUUGGGCUAACUCUAUGUCAUGAUGACAGAUUGGAUUUGGUUAACCUGGAUGUUGCUCAUUGCAAGGCAACCAUAGUGAGGUGAAAGGAGCCUAACCUCGGACUUAGAAGAUGUUAGCUCAGGUCUUGACUACUUACCAACUGUGUGACCUCAGUCAAGUUAAUUCUCCAAUCUAGGCCUUGAUCUAUUUGCCUGUGAAGUAGGAAUAAUUGGGUUAACUUGGAGUUACCGAAGACAUGAAAUAAAGUAAUAUAUGUAAAUAUGCUUUGUAAAUUUUAACACACUGGCCAGGGGGAAGGUCAUUGGUGAGCUAGUUAUAACAUUCUGUGGUUCAUAAUCUCUUAGGCCCUUCUUUUCCUAAAUGCUUCAUUAGGGCUUAAUCAUUCCAUGUACAGUGAAGUGGUUUCAGCGUACAGCAGAGAUAUAAGAAAGAAAAAAAUCCUUAUUUUGUGCCAUGUGACCUAUUGUGGGUGGUAGUAAUUUAUUUAUUUUAGGCCGGAAUUUCCUGCUUCAUCUGACAAGAUAAUAAAUAUUUCAAAAUGUGUUUUAUUUGAUGGACAGAAAAACUGUGGUCCAUUUUUUAAUAAGUUGUGGAAUCUGCAAGCAAACCAUGUUGUUGCACCUUUCCUUAACACCCUCUUCCAUUGGGAAGACCAACUCUUUCUGUGGCCCAUUGCCUAGCCUUCAUGCCAUGGCAUGCCAUGGCAUCAAACCUGUCUUCCUCCCAGGGAUGUUGUUGAGAAUCAUGCUUUUUAUUUGCAGAAGGAAAUGUACCAUUCUGUUGAAACAAAUUCCACAGAAAUACAAGCCACUGUUGUCAUUAUGAGAAAAGCAUAGUGUUUCAAAGAUUAACAGUCGUACCUCAUUUACCUCACGAGAAUUCAUCAAGCUAUUCUGGUAGAGAGUUCCUUUCCCACUUGGAUAAGGGAUGUGGAAUAUAUAGUUAGUAUUGCCUGUAAAUGACAAAACACUCACAUAGGGUAGUAGAUCUUCUCUUUCUCUUUAGUAGUUCAGCACAAGAGGAGACUUAGCUCUGCUUUCCUUUUUUCCUUGGUUGAGGCAAAAAUCAAUACAGCAAGCAAAUAAAAUAUUAUUAUAGUUAAAGCAGAAGUUUAAAUCAUUGGCAUUUGUGAGGGGAAAAAAGUCUCCUUCUAGAAGGGCAGGGAAUUAGAUGUGUGUUUGAAUAUAAAUAUUUUGUUUCAUCCCUUUAUGGUUUGAUCUGCUUACUUCAGGGAAGGAAUCGCAUGCCUCCUUCCGUGCAUUUUUUUCUGCUUAGCCAAAGAUUCCUUUUGUCUUAAGAAAGUUGAAACUUGUUUGUGUCAAUCCAUGAGAAGGGAUGAGGCCCAACAAUACAACUUUUUAAAUCUCUCUCAUUUGGAAACGAGGAAGGGAGGGAGCCAUUCCAUUACAAGGUAGAUUAUGUCCAUCAUUUAUGGUUAUUUUUUUUUUAUCAUUUCCCCAUAUUCUUUAUUCAUAAAUGGACAUUUUUGAAGAGAGAUCAUUGGUUUCAGUGGAUGUGAAGAAAUAGAUGUCUAGGCUUUCUUGAAUCUUUUUGCUUUUGACCUGCCUCAUCACCACCAAUUAAUCUUUCCUCCUUAAUUCCUAAAGCUCUUCUUACAUUGUCCCUCUGACUGAUGGAGUGGUCUACAAGAAUCUCAGGAGAUGCCCAGAAGCCUUUUUUUUUCCACAUGGAUUAAUGGAAAUAUUAAUUGUUAAUUUUCAGCUUUUUCCUUUCACUUCCAAACCCAGCUCCCUAAGAGUCAUAGGUUUGCAAAGCAUCUGAAUCCACAAAGACAGUUUGCAGGGUUGGAUGGGGACUGUCUUGGCUACUUUCCAUGGUGAUAAGGGGCACGAAACAUCCCUGAAAAGGUAAUGAGGUAUUGAACUUCUCUAAGGAAAAGUACAGUAUUAUGGUAUUUCAGUAGGUAAGUGAGGAGGGAACCCCAUGCCUGGAGAGCAAUUCACGGUUGAUAAAUUCCAAGAAAGGUCUCUCUAGAGGCAAGGUUUUUGUUUUGUUGAGUAGGGAAUACAGUGUGGGUCAGACCUGAAUUGCUAAGGAUGUAGGGAAAGGAGAGGGGAGUUACCUCCAUUGGGGGUUUCCAUUGUACCCCUUCCACCAGGCAGGUGUUCCUCAAAAUAAAUGCUAUACAAAUAUUUAAACAACCCCUUAGAGGGGCACCAUAUCAUCAGGGCAGAAAUGGGCCCAACUGAAUGCACUAGAUCUCCAUCCCUACAUUGAGGGUCAUUGGCACAAGCAGGUUAGGGAUUUUGUUGUUGUUGUUGCUUUUUCUGGGCCUGAAGAUGAGUCUAGGAGUUUAGCCAGCUAGAGAAGGAAGAUUAACGCUUUCAGUACCCUGAGAGCAGCUAAAGAUGACUGGGUCACUGUGACACUGGAGUGGAGGCUCUCCUUUCUUAGAAAUAAGAGGGGUAACUUUCCAAACAGCUGAAGACUGGGUCUUCUACUUGUGAGUCUGUUCAUUCUGCUUUGUCCCUGGCCCCUACCUGCUUUAGCUGUCCAUUUACUCCUCAAAUCCUGCUUGGAUAGGAAGUUGAUCUCUUGGUUUGCUUUUGAAUCAGUAAAAUUUUAUUGAUCGUUGCAGUAUUAGAUCUACAGAAAAGGUGAGCAGAAAGUACAGAGAGUUCCCAUAUCCCACUGCCCCUUCCCCUGCAAGUUCCUCCUCUAACGAAUCUCGUGGUGUGGCACGUUUAUUGCAAUUGAUGCAUCAGUAUUGGUACAUCAUUAUUAAUUAACGUCCAUAGUUUAUAUUAGGGUUCAUUCUUGGCGUUUUACAGUUCUGUGGGUUUUCACAAAUGCCAAAUGUCAUGUAUCUACAAUUACAUCAUCGUGCAGAAUAGUUUCGGUGUCCUAGACAUCCCCUGUGCGCCAACCUGUAGCAACCACUGAUCUCUCCACCAUCUGUAGUGUCUUGGCCUUUUCUCAGUAUGUCAUGGAGUAGAAAUCCUACAGUAUGUGGCCUUUUCUGAACUGCUUUUUUCACUUACUGAUGCAUUUAAGGCUUCUCUGUGGCUUGUUGUGGCUUGAUCGUCCAUUUGUUUUUAUUUCUUUUUUUUUUUAAUCGUAGCAAGAGCACUUAACGUGAGAUUGCCCCGUCUUAACACGUUUUUAGGUGUACAAUGCAGUAUCUUUUCAAGUAAAGAGGAAAGGAUGGAAAACUCUAGGAAAUAAUAAUGUGUUUUUAAAAAUCCCCUGGAGAUGACGGGCGGGCUGUAUGCAUUGUGCUAGUUUUCUUGGUUCUAUUUUUGACUCCGAACAAUUGUUCCUAUCCACUUGUCUUGCUGGGUUCAGUGCAAAAUUGGUAACCAUACUUAAAUGUGUAACAUGCCUACUUUUAAGCUUCUGUAUGGAACACGCACCCCAAACCAAAGCUUUGUGCCACCCUGUCCUUGCUGCAAAGUUUAAUGUCUUUUCCAUUAAAUUCACUUUCCUAAUA